UAGUGUAAUUUUUACUUAAAACUGACCAAUACCCUUCUUUUUUGGCGCUUCUCUUUGAAAACACUCCUCCGAAUUAAAAAAUAGAGUAACUAAUAAAUAUAAUUUAAUCCGAGAUGUGCAAUAAACGCAAAUUCAAACAAAGUGCCAGAAGAGACUUGGGCGAAACGGUCAUUUACAACAUCCAGGAACAUUUAAAACAAAUUUCAAAACCACACCGUUGGGCAACGUAUUAACUUAGAAAGGUAGAUUAUCUUUUACAAGCAGAUAGUUACAGUUGUGGAGUUUUUAUCUGUCAAGCAUUAAAUGCAGAUUUAUACAGAAAAAUAAUUAUUGAAACUUUAUUAAAAAAACUUCGACUCAUUAAAGGAAAAAUGUCUCUAUUGCGCUGAAGAGGUUGAUAAUGAAUUGAAAUGUAAGCAAUGCUUGUAGAUGGCCCAUGAUAUCUGGAAAAAUAGUUUGGAAGAGUUGUGCGAAUUUUGUAGAUACCGACCUAAAACUAUGUUAAGCUCUACUUUACGAGAUCUUUCUAAUAAAAUGAGCUAUUAAUCAUUCAAAUCGAUACACAAACAAAACCUUCACACGGGAAAAAACCUUGAGAUAAAGAUUAUUUAUUUAUUUUUUUAAUUAAAACCGCAAGUUUAGAUUAAAUUUCGAAUUAAUUCCACUUCAAUUUGCUUAUUUAUCUUAAUCAUUAUUAAAUAAUUUCAAGGUUUCCUUUUAUUUAUUUAUUUUUUUUUAAGAAAAGAGAAAUUGAAAUGCAACAACAAUUAGAACUCGAAGAAGAAUCUUGUUUAGAAUUAAAACAAGUGUUUGAAAAUCUCCAACAAGAAGUCGAGUUUAAACGGGAAAAAUUGAAACGUUUGCACGGAAAAUUGCAAUCGAUGCGGCAAGAAAUUAAAGAUAACCACACGGCUUAUUUAAAAGAACGACAAGAUUUGGCAGAAUCAAAUGACGAAGCUGCUAUGACUUUACGUCAAAAAUUUUUAAUAAUAGAUAAUUUUGUCCCAGCUGAAGAACGUUCGAGGUUAAUUAAUUUAGCGUAUUUUGAUGAAAAUUCAGAUAAUUGGCUUUUAAAGAAAGAAAAGAAAAUCUUCCGGCCUGGUGAUCGACCGUUGGCUCAUGAUUAUCGAAGGCCUAUUUCUGAUUAUGCUAUUACUCAUGCAAUACCUUCCGCUGGAAUACGAUAUAGAGCUGAAAAUGUAUUAGAUUUAAAACUUGAUAUGCCAAUUCGUACGACUCAGGAUUAUGUAAGACCAACGGUUUGUCCGCAGGUUAAAGCGGCUGUAAAAAAUGUUAUAAAACAAGAUCAAGAAAACAAUAAAAUCGUUGUUAAAUUGGCGCCGCACGGUUUUUCAAUGCGUGGUGUUUCCAAAACAGAACUUGAAGGAAGAUUUAAUAAAGCAGCUAGAAAUACUAUAGAAGUUAAUAAUUAUAAUAGAGUUCGUCCUUCUCCAAAAUCAGCAAAACCAGUUUAUUAAAACGAUAAAAAUGAAUUUAUUUUUAGAUAAUUCAUAAACGACGUUACCAAUUUUGCUUAGUCAGAGUUUGUUUGUGUUCAUUCAACUCAGUAUUACAACAAAAAAAAUACUUAAUCUAGCUUUUGUUGCAAGGUGAUACAACCUUAAAAAGCAUCAGUAUUAUUAAGUUGUUUCCUUUCUGCACAAGUGAUAUUAGUGAUUAUUUAUAUAUUCAUUGUUGUAAUUUAUUUAUAUUAUGUAUUAAGGGAGUCUCAACCUAGUCAACUUGUUUUUUGAUUUAUUUCCAAACUAAUUAAUUAUUGUGAUAUUAUCUAAUUUUUUAAUUUAUAAGAAUCAC